AUGUCUCACCAGACUGGCAUCCAGGCUAAUGCGCAACUACAAAAGUAUUUUAGCAAAUGCAGAGACGGAAAGAUAAGAGUUUUAAAAGUUACCAUUGAAAAUGAACAAUUAUCAUUGUCUACUCACCAGCCAGUCAAAGGAACGUGGGAACAGGACUUUGAUAAAUAUGUUCCUCCAUUAAUUGUGGAAGAUUUACCAUGUUAUAUUUUAUACAGGUUUGACUCUACAAAUUCUCUUGGAUUUGAAUGGCUAUUGCUUAGUUGGUCCCCAGACAGUGCUCCUGUAAGGCAUAAGAUGUUGUAUGCUUCUACGAAAGCAACUUUAAAACAAGACUUUGGUUCUUCACACAUUAAGGAUGAAAUGCAUGCAACAACAAAGGAAGAAGUUAGCCUCAAAGGGUACAAGGCUCACGUCAGUGGAGUAAAUGCUCCGGCCCCACUUACUGACCGAGAGGAGGCACUGAAAGAACUUAAUCAAAGUGGUCAGGAUCCAAAUUAUGGCACAGAUGCAAGGCAGUCAACAAUGGGAGGAAUAGCGUUCCCCAUAACCGAGUCAGCCAAACAGGGUAUUAUAGAUCUCCAGAGUGGUUCCUACAAUUACUUACAAUUUAAAAUAGACCUAGAAGACGAAAAAAUCUGUCUAGCAAAAGCCGCCAACAUAACCCUAAUUGAGUUGCCAGCACAAGUACCAAGUGAGGAGGCGAGGUACCACCUCUAUAUAUUUAAACACACGCACGAAGGUGACCAAAUGGACAGUAUUGUAUUUAUAUACUCAAUGCCGGGGUACACAUGCAGUAUAAAAGAAAGGAUGAUGUACUCAAGUUGUAAAGGAAACUUCUUAGAACUAAUUGAAUCAAUGGGUGUGCAAGUUGCGAAACGAGUUGGAGUUGACGAAGGAAAAGAAUUAACAGAAGAAUUCUUAUAUGAUGAAAUUCACCCAAAGGUCAAUUUGCACCGACCAGCUUUUGCGAAACCGAAGGGUCCACCCAAUAGAGGCGCUAAAAGAAUCACCAAGACUCAGCCUACACAAUAA